AUGGGAAUAAAGCGUUUUAUCAUUCUGAUUGUUAUCAGCCAUAUAGUGCUAUUUUAUUCAAUAUUUGAUGUUUACUUUACAUCACCAAUUAAUCAUGGCAUGCCUGUACAUCGGUCAACUCGAUCGCCACAUGCAAAACGUCUUGUAAUUUUUGUUGCUGAUGGUCUUCGAGCUGAUAAAUUGUUUCAACAUAUGAAUAAUACACCAUAUCUUCAUUCUAUUAUUCAGAAUAGAACAAGUUUGAGUGGUAUUUCACAUACACGUGUACCAACUGAAUCUCGUCCGGGUCAUGUAGCAAUUAUUUCUGGUUUCUAUGAAGACGUGUCUGCUGUGACACGUGGAUGGAAAGAAAAUCCAGUUGAAUUCGAUUCGGUAUUUAAUCGAAGUACAUAUACAUUUGGUUUUGGUAGUCCUGAUAUUGUUCCAAUGUUUAAACGUGGUCAAUCUUAUGAACAUUUCUAUAUUGAAUGUUAUCAUUCGAAUAAUGAAGAAUUCGGCAAUGAUCGUGCACAUGAAUUAGACCUUUGGGUUGAAAGACAGUUCGAAAAAUUCCUAUUAAAUAACACACUAACAGCCGAAUUAAAUAAAGAUAAAAUAAUUUUCUUUUUCCAUUUACUUGGUAUCGAUACCAAUGGCCAUUCACAUAAACCAUGGUCAGAUGUUUAUAUGAAGAAUAUUCAUAUUGUCGAUGGCAUUGUGCAAAGACUUGAGAAUUUAAUUGAAAACUAUUAUAAAUAUGACAGAAAAACUACUUAUAUAUUUACAUCGGAUCAUGGUAUGACCGAUUGGGGUUCACAUGGUGCUGGUGAUGACACAGAAACAUUAACACCAAUAAUUGCUUGGGGAUCAGGUAUUCCUUCAUCACAACAUGGCAAUGUUCAUAUUGAACAAGCAGAUAUAUGUCCCUUGAUGUCUUAUUUUCUCGGGCUUGAUUAUUCAACAAAUUCAGUUGGCCGUUUACCAAUUAAUUAUCUAGUGCCAGUCGAUGAAGCUAUUUUACAAGCUUACAUUCAAAAUGCUCGACAGUUAUUGGAACAAGUUCAUAAACAACAUGAUAUUUUAAAGAAACGUUUACUAUUCGUUAAACCAUUUGAAUUGAACGAAGAAAAAUUCUUUGAACGUAUGCAAACAGGCGAAGGCUAUAUGAAUAUGUAUCAAAUUCGAGAUGAUAUUACAGAUUUUAUGCGUCGAAUUGCUUUAGCUAGUCAUUAUUAUCAUACAUACCGACGAUUUUUACUGAGUAUACUGAUUAUUAUGGGUUUUUUUACAUCGAUUUCGACGAUUUUAUAUCAAUUAAAUCCAAUAAAACCACAACGAUCAUCAAUAGCGUUGUUUUGUAAAAUUCUAUCGAUUUUAACUUUCAUUCUGUUAUUAGUUGAACAAUCACCUUGGACACACUUGUUAUAUCCAGCACUUGUUUGCAUACAUACAUGGCUUUCAGGGGAUUUUGCUAUUUAUUGGAUAAGACAAAAUGUUUUUAAUCAGAUAAAAUCUUUUCCAUUUUGGUUGAACUCACUAAUGGUUGGACUCUUUUUACAAGCAUAUAUUUUACCAUUCUUUUAUCGUUGGACGAUGUCAAUAGGUGUUUUCCUACUAUGUAUUGAUGCUAGUCGACGGUGGCAAGGAUCUUUACUUCAUGAUCGUCGUCGAUUAGCCUAUGGAAUUUUACUUUUAAUUAUUCUCAUUUUUCCAUUUCUACCAACAGUUGGUACAAUAAAAACCACAUUAUCAUGGUGUACUCUAUUAACUGGUAUGAUAACAUUAACGUUGCAUUAUCUUUAUUUCAAAUUUGAAUCUCAUCAAUUGUAUAUAUAUUCUAUUCAACGUACUUGUUUAAUAGUUGCUAUGACGGAUAAUUACUUUGUACAUCAUUUAUCAAUUCGUUCUCCAUUAAUUCAUUUAGCGAGUUGGAUUAUUUUAAUAAUUUCAUGUUUUCUGCCAUUUUUAUCAUCAUCAAAAUAUCGUUUAAAACGAUUGAUUAUUAUUCUAACAUCAAUUUUAACGAUUUACAUUCUUCUUUCAACACAAUAUGAAUCAUUGUUUGUUCUAAUUCUUUGUUUAUUAAUGUUAACAUGGAUAAUAACUUAUGAAGAACAAAAAGAAAAUAUUCAAUUAUUUACAUUUCAAUCAUUACUAUUUAUUCUUCUCGCUUUUUUUGGUACAGGUAAUUUUGCAUCAAUAAAUUCAUUUGAUCCAUCGAAUGUUUAUUGCUUUCUGACAAUAUUCAAUCCAUUUUUAAUGAGUUGUAUUAUUUUAAUUAAAUGUAUAUUACCGAUACUUAUUGUUACUUGUGCAACAGCAUAUGUUAUUAAAAAUCCUGAUAUGAUUAAAUAUUUUCGUUUAUAUACAUUAAUUAUCUGUGAUUUAUUAGCACUUGAACUUUUUUUCUUUAUCAAAACUGAAGGUAGUUGGUUACAAAUAGGUGAAAGUAUAAGUCGUUAUGUUAUACUUAUGGCAAUGAUUGUUAUUCUAUCAGGAUUUCAUUUUCUUGCAAGUUUAUUAUUACAAAAAGAGUUCAAAUGUACUCGUGUAAAACAUAUUCCAAAAUAA